AUGUUUACAUACGUGUCCAUUGUAGAUGAGAGCACCAAAGGCAUCCAAGAGCUGGUGUCCAGGCAACGCGAUUCCAAAACCAAAGCCAACAUUCGGAGGGCAACACCAGGAAACUUCCAUGUCUCUUACCCACGGAACCAGCCUGUUAUUCUCCCUCGACGUGGCCAAUCAAAACCCGCCCUGCCCGCUCAACUGCGCAGCCAACUAAAACAAUUACUAUCUCAUGGCCCGGUCAGAUUAUCAGAGCUGGAGUCCAGUUAUUUGGCACAGUUCGGAAAGCCGCUCAACAUCACGCAAUAUGGCUUCUACUCCAUUUCUGAAAUGCUGGCGGCUGCCAUGGAUUUCAUAAUCAUGCAGCAGAGUCGCACAGGCUCACAACUGCUUCUGAAAAACACCGUAAUGCCACAAAAUCAAAUCAAAAAUCUGAUGACGAGUCUUUCUAAGCCAUUGGCAUCUGUUUUGGGGGCAAAACAGAAGCCUGUCAGUCCUAAAACGACUUCGCCGCCUGAGAGGAACCAGCAAGAUUCGCACUCGCUCCCUGCUGUUCCUAAACCAGAGCCUGUGAAGGCAGAGCACUCUUUUGAAGAAACUAUUUUUAAGCUUGAGGAGGAGCUCAGACAGCAGAUUCUCGAGAAGGGCACCGCUGGCACCGUCAGCCGCGAGUUGAAAGAUAAGCUACGGAAGGUUGUAGCUGAAAACGACAGUGGGAUCUCCAUUCACAAUCUUCCCACAGAAUACAAG